AAGAAUGUACAUCAAUUUCGUAUUAUGGCGCAUCUGGAGUGUUUACUGGUGUCUUGGGAUGAAUAUUGGUCAAGAAUUUAUAAUUACAUUCAUAGGAAAAUGAAUUAAGACAAUAUCAAGUUCAGUGCACAUAUAUAAACGUCCAUUCAUAUUGUUUGGUUCCAUUUAUCGGAGGCAAACGCCGGACUUUGUUCUAUUUUGAGAGUUUUUAUCCGAUUUUCAAGACUAUUUCUUGGAACAAUUUAUGUCAAGACUUUUUAUUAACAUUUAUUUAUAUAUAUUAAUUCGUGUUCGAAAACAAAACAGCAAUAAUUUGUUUUAUUAACGCUUAGUGCUUUUCUUAUCGAAUCAAUGUUUGUUUUCCCAAAGAAGUCCACCAUGCCUUUCCUGACAUCUAGAGAUCAACAUUCCAGCGAACUGCCUGUCACCGACUUGACUGUGGACACCACGGAAAGGAUAACUCUGAAUAUUGGCGGGAAACGGUUUGUGACGUCUAAAUUCUCCCUGCUGAAUAUCCCCACGACCAAAUUAGGAAAACUGUCGAAAUCAGACCCAUCUUAUGAUCCCAAAAACGACGAAUACUUUUUCGACAGGAAUCCUAAACUUGUUCAGUGUAUUCUAGAUCUUCAUCGAACAGGGGACCUACACUUGCCCGGCAACGUGUGCAGCACCGGAGUGAAGGCAGAGCUAGAAUUUUGGAAUGUUCCCGAAGAUUAUAUUGCCGAAUGUUGUUGGAAGACGUAUUCUUUACAGAAUCAAGACCUGAAGAUAGCCGCCAUUAUAGACCAACAAAUGGGACAAAAUGAAAGUGAGGAAACGAAACCAAGCAAACCGAGCAUACGAGAAAAGUUAUGGCGGUUAAUGGAGGAACCAAGUCACAGCUUCAAUGCCAAGGUAUGGCAUUUUGUGUACUUGUCGUUCGUGAUGCUGUCCAUUACAGUUUUUUGUGUGUCCACCAUUCCAAGCUUCAGACUUCAAGACAGCCCGGGUACACAGAAUGCAUCGGAGAUCGCUUUACAACCUUUUUAUAUCUUGACGCACACGCACCCGACACCCAUACUGCUUUACUUGGAUAACGUGUGCCUCGUCUUCUUUACACUCGAGCUACCAAUCAGAUUUCUCGUCUGUCCGACAAAGAAAGCAUUCUUCAAACGUGCGUUAAAUGUUCUCGAUCUGUUUCUGGUGACUGUAAUGAUAACCGCCUUCGGCCUUGACCAUUCACCUGCCUUUUAUCGGAAUGACGAAACCAUCAAAACCGUAGAAACAAUUGUUAGGUUGUUCCUAGGGUUACGAGUCUUUCGUAUUUUCCACCUGGCAAGGCGCUACCCAACCAUCAAAAUACUAUAUCUUACCGUCAAGGCGAGCCUUCGCGAACUUCUCCUGCUAUUGGUGGGCCUUACCAUGGCCGUCAUCGUUUUUGCGACCUUUGUCUUUUUGGCGGAAGCGAUGUCCUGUUCGAAUAGUUUCACGAGCAUACCUUACGCAAUAUGGUGGGCGAUCAUCACCAUGACAACGGUUGGCUAUGGAGACGUUUACCCAACAACGGUCCUUGGUUACUUCGUUGGGAUCUGCUGUGCUUUAUCUGGUUUGCUGUUGCUGUCCAUGCCAAUCGCAAUAAUCGCGGCCAAUUUCGGAGCUUACUACUCGAACUUGACCGUUAGAGAGGAAAGGGUGAAAAGAGAAGACACGCGCGCCCAUUUGAAAAUGCGGAAUGCCGCAGAAGCCAUGAAGAUGAAACUGGCGGUAAAAAAGUUAUUCAAUGUGACAUCCAAGUCCAACAAAACAGACGACAUUACCACGAGGUUAUCCGAAUUAACGGCACCUAUUAGUAAUACUACGAAUCAGAAGAAUUGGGAAAUUCCUAAAGAAAAAGAAGUUGGGAAUAGGACGAAAUAUACGUCACGACCUAAGAAAGUUUUAGGUCAGUCGGAAAUAAAAUACUAAGAGCAAGAGAGUUUUCCCAUAAAACUGACUGGCGGCACAUUUGUUACUUCAGCAGGACUGAGUUUUUUUGUCCGA